CGGUACUUCUCUCUACUGUUGCCUGUGCAGAAUCAUCAAGUUUUCCGUCGAAUAUGAUUAUACCCAUCCAUGGACCAAAUGGAGAAGUGAAUGAGUGGCUAAUGAUUGAGUUACAAGGUGAUGUUUUGAGUAAAACAAAUAGUCCAUUGGCAGGAAAAAAUUUAGGCGAUCUGCAUUUUUCACAAGAGAAUGGCGAUCCAGUUCUUCUUAUUGGUCAUCAUGUACUUUUCGGGAAAGUAGUUGCUCUUGAAAAGCCUAUGCUUGUCACAAAAAGAAACACCACAUCUGGAAGCUUGCAGUAUGAUAUCGUUUCUGUUAUUCGGCGUAAAUUAUUGUUUAAAACACGACCUAAACCGAUCAUCUCAUGUGCUUCCAAAAAUGUUUGAAAGAGCUGAUAGUAUUUUACAGAUUGACAUACAUUAUGUAAAUAUAUCCUUCAAAUUACGUA